AAAGCGACGUCAGUUUGGGUUAUACAAUUAGUUAAGUGCAGCAGAUCAGUGAUAAUUUUGAGCUUAUGCUGACUGCUGAGUGGCUGGCCGGACCUAUAAAUUGAGAUGUGCUCUCCCUCUCUGCAAUGCAAACUACCACAGCAGAGUGAUAAGCAAGAGCAAAUUAAGCUUCUCACUCAUCAUCAGCACCUGGCCUGCCAUUAAUUACCUAGCAGCUAGCUAGCUAAGGUAGCCAUGAAGGUAGAGCGCGACCUCCACAUGAGCCGCGGCGAUGGCGAGGACAGCUACGCCUCCAACUCCAGGCUUCAGGAGAAGUCCAUACUGAAGACGAGGCCGGUGCUCCACAAGGCCGUGGCGGCGGCGCACGCGUCGUCGCUCUCCUCCGGCGGCGGCGCCAUGGUCGUCGCGGACCUCGGCUGCUCGUCGGGGCCCAACACGCUGCUCGUCGUCUCCGAGGUGCUCGGAGCCGUCGCCGACAGGCGAGAGGAUCUGGCAAUGGCCGCUGGCGCCCAACCGCAGCACGUGCAGUUCUUCCUGAACGACCUGCCCGGGAACGACUUCAACCUCGUGUUCCAAUCCCUGGAGCUGUUCAAGAAGCUGGCCGUCAAGGACAAGGGGGACGCGCUGCCGCCGUACUACGUCGCCGGGCUGCCGGGCUCCUUCUACACGCGGCUGUUCCCGGACCGCUGCGUCCACCUCUUCCACUCCUCCUACUGCCUCAUGUGGCGCUCCAAGGUCCCCGACGAGCUCGCCGGAGGCGCCGUCGUCAACGAGGGCAACAUGUACAUCUGGGAGACCACGCCGCCGGCGGUGGUGGCGCUGUACCGGAGGCAGUUCCAGGAGGACUUCUCGCUGUUCCUCAGGCUGCGCCACAGGGAGCUCGUGUCCGGUGGCCAGAUGGUGCUGGCGUUCCUCGGCAGGAAGAACAAGGACGUGCUCCAUGGCGAGGUCAGCUACAUGUGGGGCCUCCUCGCGCAGGCUCUUCAGUCACUCGUCAAACAGGGACGUGUGGAGAAGGAGAAGCUGGACUCCUUCAACCUGCCGUUCUACGCGCCGUCGGUGGACGAGGUGAGGGACGUGAUCAGGCAGAGCCAGGCGUUCGACGUCACCCACAUCCAGCUCUUCGAGUCCAACUGGGAUCCGCACGACGACAUGGAGGACGACGACGGCGGCCUCGUGCUCGACGGCGUCCAGAGCGGCGUCAACGUCGCCAAGUGCAUCAGGGCCGUGAUCGGGCCACUCAUCGCGCACCACUUCGGCGACCACGUACUCGACGGCCUCUUCGAGCUCUAUGCCAAGAACGUCGCCGUGCACCUCCAGAAAGUGAAGACCAAGUACCCUGUCAUCGUCGUUUCACUCAAGGCAUCAAUUAGUCGUGCGCCAAAGAACCAAGCUAAUGACAAGUAUUAUUCAGGUUUCACGCACGGCCAGUUUAUGUAGAUCGAAUCUCUGGCGACAUAUCUGUUACUGGCGAGUAGUUAUUACCGCCGGCCGGUAGUACACGCGUACUGUAUGCAUGCAGAAUUAAUCUAUGAAAUAAAGUAGCUCAGGUAGACAGGUACGGUUAGUGGCAGAACGAAAAUUUAAUUUCCUCCUUGCUUUGGAUGUUGUAGUAGCUAGCAUGCAGGUUCAAUGUUUCCACAAGCCCAUCUAGCUAGAUGUAUCUGGUUGAUUAUGUGCUGUAGUGGUAAUGGUAUAUGAAAAUCGAACGGAAGCAGAUUGUUUGGAUAAAGGAAGAUGUUAUUCCCUGUCGUAACA